UAUUUAAAAUGUCUUCCAGUUCCUGUGUUGAAUUUGAAGUUUAUUGAUCUUGCAGAAUGUGUUCUACCAUUAGAUCUCAAAACAGCAAUAUUAUCGUUUAUCAUGAUAACUUCUGGGACGGUUUAUCGUCCAGCAGCAUUUGGCAUCGAUAUUUGGAUCUCAAAGAUCAAUGAACUUUAAUUUUGUAAAACAUUAAAUUAUAAACUUUAUCAUAUUUUAAAUAUAUAAAAUAAAACACUACAACCAAACAUCGAAAUGAUUGAAACCACAGAUAAACAUUUAUUCUAAAGUCUCUGUAAAUAAAAUUGUCCUUUAAAAAAUAUUAAUCAUAAAAGGAAAUUAAGCUCAUUUUAAUUGAUUAUUGAUUAAUUAAUUAUUGCCACAGGCUUGUUUGCUUGGUUUCUAUGUUUGUCUUUACUCUCCGUAUCGGAGCUCUGAACCUUUCCAGUCCUCAUUGCUGUACACUGCUGACCAGCUGGCUGAAAGAAGCAACACAUUUUGAGCUAAUGUAAAGAUAUUUUUCAAAUCUAACUGCUCCCUUCUGUCUUUAAGGAAACCCAGAUCCUGUUCUGGGUUUUUAUGGUCUUUCUCUCCUCAGCGCCUCCCAGGAUGGGCAGCGUUUUAGCCGCCAGCGCCGCCCCGGCGCCGCCGUUGCCGCCGGGCUUCGGGUUGCCUCCGCUCCCUCCUCCUGCGACUGGAUCCGGACCGCAGCGGGAGGCGAAGAACGUUCUGCCCAACCCCGGAGCGUUUGAGCAGUGUCAUCAGAAAUGUAAAGGUAACGGAAGCGGCGCGUCUGAAGGCGCUGCGCUGCGGCUGGAGGUAACCGGAAGCUUCUCCUCCUCAGAGGUUUUCCCGACGCAGGUGAACGGAGUCCGACUCGUCCUGAACAAGGCGCUGAGCAAACACUUCCAGGUGAAUCAUUCUCUGCAGCUCAGCUCCACAGAAGACUCCGGCUACAGGUUCGGAACGGUAUUCGUCGGAUCCGGUCAGGCCGGUCCUGCUGAGUUCUACCCAGUCCUGGUGGGCGACGUGGACAGCAGCGGCAGCCUGAACGCCCAGGUCAUCCAUCGGGUCACCGACAGGAUCCGGUCCAAAGUGGUUUUCCAGACCCACCAGCAGACGUUCGUGACCUGGAAGGCCGACACCGAGUUCAGGGGCGAGGAUUUCACGGCGGCGGUAGCCUUCACCAACCCAGACGUCCUCGACGAUUCUGGGAUGGUCAUCACACACUACCUGCAGUCCGUAACUCCGGCUCUGGCUAUGGGAGGACAGCUGGUGUAUCGGCGUCGCCCCGGAGACGAGGCGUCCUUUCUGUCGCUAGUGGGCAGGUACACAGGAAGUAACUUUGUCGGCGCGCUGACCCUCGGCUGGGCCAGCGUUCAAGCGUCGUACUACCACAGAGCCAGCGACAAGCUGCAGCUCGGCGUGGAGCUGGAGACCGGCGCCUUUCUGGAGGACAGCAGCGUGACGUUCGGCUACCAGCUGGAUGUUCCUGAAGCUAACCUGCAGUUCAAAGGUGUGAUCAACAGCAACUGGGUCGUCGGAGCGACGCUGGAGAAGAAGCUCCUCCCACUUCCUCUCUCCCUGGUGCUCUGCUCCUUCCUGAACCACCAGAAGAACAAAUUCCACUGCGGCUUCGGCGUCGUGAUUGGCUAGCGUCUCCUCUGGUGCCCCCUGCCCGUCCGCCUGAUUACUGCAUCCAGCUGUUAGUGUUCAGCAUCAAAUUUAGCUUUAAGCAGAAGGUCAAAGUUCAGCAGAGACUUCCUGUUCUGAGUCUUAGUCCUGGUUUUUGGUUGUUUUUAAUGGAAGCCUUCUUUUGUUAUUAAGUAAAUAUUAAUCCAUCUGGUUCAUCCACAAAGCUGUAGGAUCAGCCGUUUGGAAAGUUACACUGUAAAAAAUUAGCAGCAAUAUUUUGGGUUAUUUAAUCAUAAGAGGAAAAACUGUGUGUUCAUUUUCCAGAGUCAGAUUUUCUCCAUGUUAUUUAUACAUUAGAAAUGUUACAGUUCCAAACUAAAUAUGUAGUUAGGAAGCUAAAUAUCUGAUUUGCAAACUGAAUAUUUAGUUUCAGAUUAUUCAGCUUCAAAUGAUUUAUUUUCCAUAUGAAAUAUUUAGCUUGGACCUAAAUAUUUAGUUCACAAAGUAAACUAAAUAGCUUAAGUAGCAGCUAUUUAAGCUAACAGGCUAACUAAGUAUUUAGCUUGCUAGCCAAAUAUUUGGUUACCACACUAAAUAUUUAGUUUGUGAACUACAUUUUAAACAUGAACCUAAAUAUAUAGCUUGGUAGCUAAACCUACUUUAGCUAGCAAGCUAUAUAUUUAUAAUACCCUAAUUUCUAGCAAGCUAUAUAUUUAGCUUGCUAGCCAGAUAUUUAGUUAGCAUGUUAAAUAUUUAGUUUGCAAACUUAAUAUUUAGCUUCCCUAACUGAAUAUUUAACUUAUCUAAAUAUUUAGCUAGCAAGUUGAUAGUUUAGUUUGCAGGCUAAUGCUUCUGCUAACUCAUCUUUCUAACGGGUGUUGAUAAAUGAGCGGCUGAAUAAACCAAAACUAAGCUGUUUGUUCUCCGUCCUGAUCGGUUCUGUUUAAACUGGAACAGAUGAGAUAGAAAUACCGUAAAAUAAAAUGUCUUAUAAACAAUUCUGUCUCUGUAUCCUUCAGUCGGUUCUGGUCCAAUUCUGCUGAAGUUUUAAAAUGUUCAAAUUGAUUCAAGUUUGAUUAACUCCAUUAAGAGAAUUGUUUCAA